UCAAACGGAUUCGAACUGGAGGAGCGCGCCGAGUAGAUGCUUCGUUUCGGUGGUGCUUUAGAGCGUUUGAGGAUAUGUCUGUCUCUCAGAGAACUUCGGUGAUAAGUGUGAUGGGUCUUUUGUUGGGCUUUUGCGCCUGCCAAGAUUUAGUGUACUUCCCUGGGCUGGUGAGGGGCUACUACGGGUACUCUUACGGUGGCUACUCCCCGUACUACGAUUCCUACGUACAUAAUAGUGUCAAGACAGCGUCUAAGUCUGGAGGAUACAGAGGCCUCUCGCUCCCCACCGCGGGUGGGUACCGAGGAGGUGGCACAGUGCAAUCGGGCGGCUAUCGUGGAGGUGCAACUCUGCCGGUUUCGGGCGGAUACCGUGGUUUAGCUGGCGGCGGCUACCGGGGUGCGAACGUGGAUUACUACGACAAUGCUUACCCUCUGGAUGGAUAUCGACGGCAACAUCACGACUACUACUGAACCGAGUAUCUCCGGAGCUGAACUCUUAAAGUGACCAGGGAGCUCUUCCCCCCUUUCUGAGUCGCUGCGUCCACUACUCCGGAGUGAACUAAUGCUUCGAUUGGCCUCCUGAGAACUUUCGAAGUCUCUACACUCGACGGAGUCGAGAUUAUGACAAUGAUCCGGUGGCUGGUUGGAAACUCUGCGGACCUUCAGGCUUGGAGUUGCCCCCACGUGUUUGUUGUCCGAAACGAAUGACAUUCCCCGAUCGAGAGCUAGGGAGAGCUGGGGUUCGAACUCAGAGAAUAAAGUCAGGAGAGACCUUCU